AUGAAGGAUAUCCAGGGAUCUCGGCCGAAUGGCGGCCGCAGGAUCUCUAAGAAAUCCCCCACAGAGAGCAACAAAGGGGGGCUGCGACAAGGCUCUUCUUUCUCGAAGGUUCAAGGAGGGGCAAAGGCCAGCAAGAAAAGGCGAUGGGUCCAGCCAAAGGACAAGACGCUGGUUCGCAAGAAGUUCCUCAGGAUCCGGGAUGCAAGGGCCAGGAGCGAGUUUUCCAAGAUGCAGAGGAAGACCGACAAUGUUGAAACGGCGAAGGAGGCUCUCACGCGGGGCCCAGUAGGCUCUGCAGAGAGCAACGAGGCCUUUCUAGCGAAGCUGCUAGACCCGUUUGCCAAAUUGAAGCCCAUGGAAGAUAUUUCUGCCUCUUCAUCUUCUUCGUCUGCUACAGCCACCAGAAGAGUGGGGAAGGACACAGGCAGGAGAGGGCAAGGUAAUAAAGGGAAUGGGGACUGUAAGGCCCAAGGUUCACCCCGUGAGAUUUGUGAAACUGCGGUGGAGACCGGCCCUCUAGCGGAGACCAAAUCUGUGUCAGUCGGAAGUGGGGAUCGAGAACAACAAACGCUAGAACAAGAUGGCAUGACGGGCUUGGUGGUGCCUACCUCGGGUGAAAAGAAAGGCUAUGUUCCUUUUCUGAAAGCGCAGAGAGCCUUCGAAGCAAAGCAGCGGGAGAGGGAGGCAAUACGGCUUGCUCAGCUAGCUGAGGCAGAAAAGGAGGAGAAGAGGAAGAAGGAGAAGCGACGGUUUAAUAAGCUAACCAAUAAGAAGCUGCAAGCGAGAACAAAAAAGGGCCAACUCGUAAUGGGGAAUGUGGUAGAUGUGCUGCUCCUCAAGAUGUCAAAGAAUACAAAUAAAUGA